AAGAAAGAAAAGGAAAGAAAGAAAGAAAGAAAGUGGGAGAAGUAGCGGCUGCCCGGAGGAGACGCGUUUCAGAGGAGAGCGAUAUUGUUUUUCUUCUGAUCUCUGGUCGAUGGAUUUAUCACUGACAAUACAACAAUAUUUAAGCUAGAAAAUCGAGUGAAGCAUGGGUGACUGGAGCUUUCUAGGGCGGCUGCUGGAGAAUGCUCAAGAACACUCCACUGUGAUUGGAAAGGUUUGGUUGACCGUCCUCUUCAUCUUCCGUAUCUUGGUGCUGGGCACAGCAGCUGAAGAGGUUUGGGGUGACGAGCAGUCUGACUUUACUUGUAACACGCAACAGCCCGGUUGCGAGAACGUCUGCUACGAUGAGGCCUUCCCCAUCUCUCACAUCCGCUUCUGGGUACUGCAGAUCAUCUUUGUCUCCACGCCCACCCUCAUCUACCUUGGCCAUGUGCUGCACAUUGUCCGCAUGGAGGAGAAGAGAAGGGAGAGGGAGGAGGAGCUCCGAAAGGCCGGACGGCACCAGGAGGACCACGAUCCUCUCUAUCACAACGGUGUCGGCGACGGAGGUGGAGGAGGAGGUAGGAAGAAGGAAAAGCCACCAAUCCGUGAUGAGCAUGGGAAGAUCCGGAUCCGCGGGGCGCUAUUGAGGACCUACAUCUUCAACAUCAUCUUCAAGACUCUGUUUGAGGUGGGCUUCAUCCUGGGACAGUACUUCCUCUAUGGCUUCCGCCUGAGGCCGCUCUAUAAAUGUGGCCGCUGGCCCUGCCCCAAUGUUGUGGACUGCUUCAUCUCCAGGCCCACCGAAAAGACAAUCUUCAUCAUCUUCAUGCUGGUGGUGGCCUGUGUCUCUCUGCUUCUCAACCUGCUGGAGAUCUACCACCUGGGCUGGAAGAAAGUCAAGCAGGGGGUCACCAAUGAGUUUCCACCCGACAGCGAGUCGCUGAUGCUGGAUGGGCCUGCCGACGCAGAGACGCUUCCUGAGCAGACCUGUCCACCAGCGCUCCACUAUUUGCCAGCGUAUGCCAGCAUGAACGCGGUGGGAGGUGGAGCCUAUGCUCCAGCUGAGGCACCCCCUGCAGUGAUGUCCUCGCCUGCGGAUGACUUCCCUUUUUAUCGCAACGGUGACAAGGUGAGUGUUGGGAGCCACGGGCAGCUGGCGGCGAUGGAGCAGAAUUGGAGCAACCACAAUCUGGAUGGAAAAAACUCCUCCUCUUCCUCCUACCAUCCUCCUCGUCACUCACCUCCCACCUCCGCUUCCUCGGCUACUUGGGAGGAGACAAACCCGCCGCUUCCUCAAGGGGAGGAACACUCCACGUUUCCUACACUUCCUCGUCAUACCCCUCUUUCCCCCCUCGCACCGGAAGAGGAUGAGGAAAACCCUGUCGCCACAGCGCCUUAUAUGGUCCCUCAUGACGACUUCAUCGUGGUUACCAAGGCAGAGAUGCAUCAGCCUCCUCCUGCUGCUGCGACAGACAUCCGGAAGCCAAGUCGGGCCUGCAAGAGCGGCGCCCGGGCUCGCCCUGAUGACCUGGAAGUGUAGCUAAAGCACACACACACACUCACACAUUUACACAACCAUGCAUACAUGCUGUGUACACAUAGAAACCUACACAUUUUUUUUUUCUCCACAUAUGCACAACAGCAUAAAACCACACACAAGCACUCCCCGCAGCAAAAAGGGCUGCUAGAAAGACGUGCAAACAUGUUAGCACACACAUUCAGCCAGAGUUAGCUGAUCAUUUUUAACCACACAAAGGAAAAGAAAGAGUUUGGCCAGAUUACACUGAUGGCACCAAGCGGAUGGCCUAUCUACAUAUAGUAACUUGUAAGA